AUGUAUUUUGGCGAAUAUCCAUUAUCAUUUGCGGCAUGCAUUAAUCAAACGGAUUGUUUCCGAAUAUUGGUAGCAAAAAAAGCUGAUUUAAAUCAAAAGGAUACAAACGGAAAUACGGUUUUACAUCUUGCUGUAAUUCAUGAACAGCCAGAAAUGAUUAAACUAUCAUACAACAUGGGUGCUAAGCUACAAAUAGUGAACAAGCAAAAUUUAACUCCGCUUACUUUAGCAGCACAUUUGGGAAAGAAAGAGGUAUGA